UAGUUUAGAGAAGUCCAUGAAGGAAUUCCUACUAUCUAUUACCAUAACUGAUAUUCCUUCUGUUCUGUUUUACCUGCAUGCUCCUAACAGCAUUUGGAUAUAAUGACAGAUUAAACGUGGAAAGAGGCUGCCUUAACAGUUCUUGAGAAAGAUAAUUAUCUGGAUUAAAGUGAUCGGGUAAAAUCCUAUUCGAUGGCUCAAGAUCUUUGGAACAAUGUUGAAUUCACCACUGAACCUCAUAAGCAAAAAGAUGAUGAAGCUGUUUAAAAGGAUUAGAGCAACAAGAAUUUUAUGGCUUCACAGGUUAUUCAAAAUUCGUCCGGGCUGGACACAGUUAUUGAGAUUGAGGAGAUUAAUUCUACAAAUAUUGCUCGGAAUACUUUGGUAGAAGAGCGUAAGAUGCCCAACAAUAUUAACACAGGGAGGGACAACAAUGGACAUUUUGAUCAAUAUAAAGAAUUUGUUAAGGAUGUGCAACGUGGAGAUUGGUACUAUAUAAGGGAGUUCCUUAAGGAUUAUCCCAACACAUUGAAUGUGAAGAUCACAGCUCAGGGCAAGACAGCUCUUCACAUUGCUGUUACUUCGGGACAUGAUGAUCUAGUGGAGAAGCUGGUAGAUAAAAUGUGGACAGAAAGCUUGGAAAUACAAGAUAAUGAUGGUUGGACAGCUCUAGCUGAGACAGCUUUUGCUGGUAACUACCGGAUGGCAAAGUGCAUGCUUACAAAGAACAAGCACUUGGCCAGCAUUGGAGACGUGGAUGGACGUCUUCCGGUUGUUGUUGCUAUUGAAGGUGGUCAUAAAGAAUUGGCUUGCUAUCUCUAUUCUCUCACUCCGCCGGAAGAUCUAAAAGGCAUCAGCGCUGCUACACUUUGUACGAAGGCUAUAUAUACCCGGACGUUAGCUAUUGCUUUGAAUUUACUCCGGAAUGAUAUGCAUUUGGCUCUUGCUCUAAACAAAGAGAAGGUCUCCCCUUUGUAUGCCUUGGCUUCUACACCUAACGCAUUCCCAAGUGAAAAUCAGCUUGUGUUUUGGAAACGAUGGAUCUACUCUCGUUAG